AUGGAUAAUGAGAUUGAUGCACCAAGAUGGGACAUAAGUGCUCACUCGCCCGUAAUUGAACAAGUAAUAUCGGAAUUCAAGUUUAAAUUGAAAUAUGGAGGCUUCUUUCGGUUAGCUAGGAACUCAUGUAGGCAAGUGUAUUGCUUUGGAUCUACAAAAUGUCUCUAUAUAGACACAUUUUCAUACGACUUAAAUCAUCUAGUUGAAGAGGUGAAAAAACACUAUCCGUCACAAAGCGAUAUUGUUUUGUCAAUAGUAUUUGUUGACAAAUAUGCAAAAGAGCAAUGCUUUAUUGAACUUGAUAAUGAUAAGAGCUUCAUUGUGAUGCUAAACAUGUAUAAUGAGGAUAAAGAAGUAACAAUUUAUGCGACAACCGAAAAAUUAAGGUAUAACCCUAAACCGUUAAGUUGUCAAGAUAAAGUUAUUGAUGAGUCUGAUGAUGAAAAUGAGACGGACUCAGUUUGUCCAAGUCAAGAAAGCUAUCAUAGUCUUCAUAGUUUCGAUAACGGAUAUGAGCUUCUAAAUUAUGGUGAAACUUAUGCAUAUAGUAAGACGAAUCCAUUUAUGAAAGUGAAUUCUAAAUUCCCAAGUGUAAUUGCUUUUAGAAGAGCAUUAAAACAUUAUGCACUAACAAAUGAAUUUGAGUAUGUCAUUGAGAAAAGUGAUUUGACAAGACUUACAGCAUGUUGUGGAGAUAAAAAGUGCAAGUGGAGAAUUCAUGCUUCUCUUACACAAGAUGGGGUUACUUUUGAAAGUGGUAACAAACAUGCCACUCAAGGAUGGAUUGCUGAUGUUGUCACCGACAAAUUGAAAUCUGAAGGCGAUGUCUCUACUGCCGACCUAAAAAAGUGGCUUAUGCAUACCUACAAUGUUGAAGUACCAUAUAUGAGAGUUUUUAGAGGAAGAGAGAAAGCUUAUACCGAUAUGUAUGGCAGGUGGGAUGACUCUUAUGUAAAUAUAUAUAAUUUCAAACAAGAACUUGAAAAGAGAAACCCAGAAAGUGUGGUGGAGAUUGAUUUGCAGACAGUGGGUGAAAAGAAACAUUUUCUAUGCUUUUUUAUAUCAUUAACAACAUGCUCUAAGGGGUUUCUUGCUGGUUAUCGUCCUUACAUUGGGCUUGAUGCUUGUCAUUUGAAAGAGAAAUUUAAUGGUGUGUUAGUUGCUGCCACAAGUAUCGACGGUAACAAUGGUAUGUUUCCAGUAGCCUAUGGUGUGCUUGAGGCAGAGAAUACAAAAUCAUGGACUUGGUUUCUCACGUCACUACAAAAAGCGAUUGGUACACCAAAUGGUCUUGUUAUCUCCUCUGAAAUGCAAAAGGGGUUGGAAUUAGCUAUUACACAGUUAUGGGAGGCUGCAAAUACCUACUCUGUUAGUAAGCAUGAUAGAUUGUUAAAUGAAAUUGCUACUAAAUGUGCAGAUGCAAUUUCAUAUUUGAACGAGAACCAUAAAAAGAUAUGGAGUAGAAGUAAGUCUGGCACACUUGUUAAGUGUGAUUACAUUACCAACAAUAUUUCAGAAACUUUUAACUCUUGGGUAGGUGACAUACGUUAUAAACCGGUGCUUGAUCUCCUUGAUGCAAUUAGAGAAAAGCUUAUGGAACGAUUUGACAAGAAAAGGAGUAAGAACUUGGGUGAAUAUCAAGUUUGUAGAAGCAGUGAUAAUAAAGCAGAAGUGAAGUUCAAAGGAUAUCGUUGGGAUGUUGUAUUGGAUGAGAAAAAAUGUAGUUGUCGAAAAUGGCAAGUUACAGGCCUUCCAUGUGUGCAUGCAGCUGCUUUUAUUGCUUUCACAAGGGAUCCUAGUUGUGAAAAAUAUGUUGAUACAUAUUUCACAGUCGACAAGUUUAAAGAAGCAUAUGCUUUAGAACUUGGUCCGAUGCCCGGAAAAGAUCAAUGGAUGAAUAUAGAGACAGUCGAUAAGAUAUUCCCUCCUAUUAUAAAACGACCGCCUGGACGACCUAAAAAGAAUAGAAUUAUACUACAUGAUGAGCCCAAGAAAAGACACAGAUGUCCCCGUUGUGGUUUAUAUGGACACCAUCAAAGGACUUGCAAAAAUCCCGCGUCUCAAGGUUUUGAUGAAGCAUCCUCUAGCAAGAGGAAAGAACACAAAAUAUCAUGA